GCAGUGGGGACAUUAAUAGGCUGACAGACAGAAAGACUUAAUCUUGGGCAAUGUAUGUGGCCUCCGAUUUGGUACAAUUCUCUACUCUUGACCUUCAGUUCUGCGGGACACAGAGAUGGAAUUGCUCCAGGUAGCCCUGGAACCUUACUCACCAACAGAAAGAAAAUACCACAAAAAGGUAAUGUUUUUUUACUGCGGACUUCUGUAAGUUGUAGGUUAGGUACUUCCCCAGACGGGUGCUCCAAUUCGAGCGGAAAAUCCGCUAUGCCCUAUCUCUCUUAAUGCUUGGAUGGGGAUGGGAACUUGGAAUGGCUGAUGGUAGCUAAAGCGAUAGUUCUUAGAAAUAUAGUCUCGACUAUGAUUAUUUUCCGUACUUAUUAUGUAAAACAACUGGCUAAAGAUUAUACGUAUAUGCCCUAGAACUAUGGACGGAGUGGAAGUAAUCCAACAACACGCAGAUCUUGUAAAAUAUCACAUAAGUACGUAGAUACGGCUGAGCGUUACGCGUAUGUAAAACAGAUUUAAACAUAAAAAUGUUUAUUAGUAUGCGUAAACACUUUCAUAAUGGGUACAAUACAAUAGAAGUCAGAGAAGCGAAAAAAUCAUUUUUGUGACCUUCUAUCUCAAAUAUCUCAGUUGCCUUGCACCCUACCAUAACACACACCACACCCAUUUUGACUUCUGACACGUUACUUCUUUAUGUCAAAAAGAAGGGCAAUGCAAAUUAAAACGCUGUUAUAUAAAAUAACGCGGUGUUAAAAGAGCGCCGCCACCAACUGUGUGAAGAAUACUUUAUGAGAUCCACUGGUUUUAUUUGAGAGCUUUCAAAAGAGGUCGUACCGUACUAGUGUUAACAUCAUCGGUCCUUACAAACAGAAUAGUUCAAGUGCCUAUUCGGUUCCCAUCCACGUCAUUCUAGAAGAAAGUUACACAUCGUUCCCGAAGAGUAACUGAAAGCCCUAAUUCCAAUACAUAUCAGACACUUGUUCUACCUACACGAUGGCUAUAUAUUGGCAUGCAUUAAUCAUAACCAUUCACCACAUGUUGGCUAACGUGAAAAGCGGGUAUUAUAAAGGGAUAAAAGGCCUCCGUUCUAUAUUUAUUUAUUUAUUUAUCUCUCACUCAUCCCAUUUUAUCAGUGCUGCCAUUUUAGCGCUUUGCGCGCUAGAUCUUGCGCAUUUUUGGUGUGGUUAGCGCCUAUUUCAAAAUUUUAGCGCCUAGCGGAUAAUCUGGCGCUUUUUCAUUUAUGUCGUUGUAGCACUCUAUUACCGAUUAUUUACGGCCUCGGGAAACCCCUCUAUUAUUUUUUUAUAGCAGAACUACACUUAUCUGUCUUCUUGUGUUGUGACGCGUCAGAGAGGUAUCGGUUUCAUAUAUUUAGUACGGUUAGAACUAUACUUGUGUAUCGCGAUGUUUCGACACCGUUCUCACUCUAACCGUACUACUAAAUGUAUGAAACCGAUAUAACUGUAUGUUGGUUCACAACACAACACGAUGGAUAAGUAGUAAUAUUGCUGCCAUUAGUUCAUGGUUUUGUUUUCAUUCAUUCAUGUUUAAACUUUGCUGGAAGUUAUAAAGAAAUCAUGUAGUUAUACAUUCUGCGACAGACAGACAAAAAAUACAUGAAUGGCCAUAAUGAAGCUGGCCCUAUUUAAGCUAUGGAAGAUUAUUUUUGAAUUAAGAUUAAAUAUAUUUAUUUUGACGUUUUGGUUGAAUUUUGUCUGUUUUUUAUUUAAUAAUAAAACUGAAAUAAAUUUAGCGCAUAAUCUAGCGCUUUUUUGAAGCACGUUUUUCUUGAAAUCUAGCGCUUUUUAUAUCGUUUUAGCGCUCAGUCGGAUUUUUGAUCUGGCAGCUCUGCAUUUUAUCGAUACAAGUAUUCAAUUCCGUAGAGUACGUCCAUGAUGUCCAUUGUCACUGUCAAAGUCUGUCCAUGACGUAUUGUAAUGUUUUGUUGAUGUCAAUUAAUUUUCCGAACUUUCCCGCUACUGGAAAACUUUUUGUGAUCCUAAGCUGAAAAAUGUCUUCUGCCGACUUGAGCAGAAUCCUUAAAGCUCUUGAUGCAGUUAAACAAGAUUAUGUGUGUGGUGUUUGUUCCAAAAUGUGCAUAAAACCUGUUACUCUCAGCAAAUGUUUCCACAUUAUUUGUGCUGAACAUUUUGAGGGUCUGCAGGUCUGUCCAACGUGUGGUGCUUCAUUAAAAGGUUGUACAAUUUACGUUGAUGACCGUCUAGGUAGUUGUGUGAACUCCGCCAAGGAAUUGGACAAAAUAUUCGAGAAUUUCAGACCUAAACAAACCAAGUCAAAUAAAAGUGAUACAACAGUCAAAACAAGUAGAAAACGCGGCAAAGCUAACGUUGACUCGAAAUCGAAAGAUGAAAAUGAUGAAAAGGAAUCAAAACCAUCCUCAGACAUUAGUAACAAAGGUAAAAAAGCCGAUUUGAAUCAUACUCUCUUGUCAACAACCAGCAGUAUGAAAGUUAAUAAAUCAGCUGAAAAACGUAAUAAUAAAGGCGAAACUUUGCUUCAUAUAUCAUGUAGACUAGGUAAAGUAGACAAAAUCACAGAAUUGCUCAAUGAGGGUGCUAAUCCAAACACAAAGGACAAUGCUGGCUGGACACCACUUCAUGAAGUUGUCCAAAAUGGCAGGUUAGAUUUAGUAAAGUUGCUUUUGCAGUAUAACACAUUGAUAGAUGUUCCUGGACAAAGCAAUGAGACACCAUUGCAUGAGGCUGUUAGAUAUGGCCACAUUGAUAUUGCAGAAGAAUUAGUUAAAAAUGGUGCAAAUAUCAAUGCCAAAAACUGUAAAGGAGAAACUCCUUUAGAGCUGGCAGUCGGUGAAAUGAAAGAAAGAUUAAUAACUGCAUCAGAAAACAUUAUUCAUACACAAACUGUUAAUAUAACCCUCAUUUCAAAUCUGCAAUCGCAAUUAGAUUUUGAUGACAUCAGAGUGUUUUGCAUAUCUCAGUAUAGAACAGUACACAAUAAGUUGAAAUUGUUAACUAAACAUCACUCUAAUUUACAUAUUGAGCAAAAAUUCACAAAAAAGGUUACACAUUUGAUAGUAGACACAGAGGAGGACCGACGUUGUCUAUCAACCUUAGACAUUCUACAAGGGAUAGUUUACGGUGUAUGGAUUUUAACUACAGAAUGGGUAACAAAGUCAACUGAAGAUAAAUUGAAGCAAUUUGAGGAAUAUGAAAUCACCGGAGUCGGUGCAAAGGAGUUCAAUGGCCCCAAGAACUCCCGUUACAACAAAUACAAGCAGUUGCCUGGCAUUUUUGACGGAUGCCAUUUCUAUCUGCAUAAUUUCUCCACAAAGUAUGAGAUAACAAAACACAUUAUAGUUACGAAAGCUAUACUUACAAAGUUGAUUUCUGACGCUGGUGGAAUCAUAUUACGUAGGGUACCGAACCCAGAAUCCAUACCAGACUCUGAGAAGCUCGUCCCAUAUCACGCCGUUAAGGAUGGAAAGCUGGCUAAGUGUUCACAUUACAUAAUAUUUAAGGACAUUUAUGAGCCAAUGUAUAACAUGCAACAUCUAAAAGCAUUACCCAUUGGUUGGCUCAUAGAAUGUAUUGAGAAAUAUGAACUAUGUGAUCCAAUCUCAUAUAGUUAUGUCUAACAAAACAUUCCAUUACAAUAUUUUAUUAAAAAGUAAACUGAUCCAUCACAAUUUACAUUACAAAUGUUAUUUUUUUGUUUUGACAUGUGUAUAGUUAAGCAGUGUUAAGCAAAAAGUAAGGGGGCAUUUUUGAAGCAUCUAAAAAUGAGUUCUGUGGACCAAUGUUAAAGUAUGAUUGUGAAAGCAGAAAGCAGCUAUUGUUAAUUUUUGGAAUCAAACAGAAUCUCUCUAACAUGAGUUUGUAGAACAAAUUUUCACUUGGUUCGUAAUUGCCUGCUGGUCGCUUUCUGCUUAACAAUGCUCAGUUAUUGCCUGGCCAGUACAAUUAUGUUACAAUUAUGCUCUCUAUUAUCCAUUAAGUUAAUAUAAAUAUCACCUGUUUACAUAUUAAACAUUAACUUAACUGUUACUUGCAAAUAUACAACUAGGUAUGUACUUUUCAUGUGAUUAUGAAAUCACUUUUAGUUUUAAUAAUUAUUUAGCCUUAUUGUUUAAUUCAAUUUAGUUAUCAACAAAAAUUAUGUUGUAAGUAUGGUAUGGUGAAAUAGCAUUUUUUAAU